CGUCCGCACGCGCGACUUUGGACCACCAGGAUGUUUAUGAUGAUGAUGCUCAAGCUGAUGCUGUUGCUGCUUAAUGCAAAGAUCUGAGACUGAGAGAAGGCAAACGUGUCGAAAAACAGGCAGUUCUUUACAAAAAAAUACUUCUGCAAAUAUAAAAAAGACCCAACAGAUUCGGGAUAUACACUUUUUCACAACUAAACGACCGUUAAUCCGAUUUGCAACUCUUUUAAACAUUUGUUUCCCCACUUAUGUCCCGCAAAUCGUCCGAGCAUGACUACACGCUCCGCAGCAUGACCAACCUGAUGGGCGAGAUGAGGAAGAAAGCGGGAGGAGGCGGCGAUGACAGCGGAGAACGGACUCUCAUCACCGCUCCGUCCAACACGAGCCUCACGAGCCUGGCCGCCUCCGCCUCCUCGCGCGCCUCCUCCGACGCCGCGUGCGCUACCUCCACCGGGGACUUGGAGCGCGCCGCCCGGAAGAACUUCCAGCGCGAUGGUGCGCCGGCCUUCGUGCGCGUGCUGGCGCUGCUCGCUGCACUCGGCGGCUUCCUGUCCGGAUACGACGCCGGCGUGGUGUCCGGGGCCAUGCUGCUCCUCAAGCGCGAGCACAACAUCACACUGCCGUGGCACGAGCUACUCGUCUCGGGCACCGUGGCCGCCGCGGCUCUCUCCGCUCUCGCGGGCGCUUUUCUGAACGACGUGUUCGGCAGGAGAGCGUGUGUACUGCUCGCCAGCUUCGCCUUCUUCCUCGGCGGGAUCGUGAUGGGCUCUGCGCCGAACAAGGAGGCUGUUUUGAUCGGCCGGCUUAUUGUCGGAAUCGGGAUCGGGAUUGGCUCCAUGACUGUCCCUGUAUAUAUUGCUGAGUCUUCACCGCCGCAAAUGAGAGGGCAGCUGGUCACCAUCAACACGCUCUUCAUCACCGCAGGCCAGUUCGUGGCCAGCCUCAUUGACGGAGCAUUCAGCUACGUACAACAUGGAGGAUGGAGAUACAUGCUGGGUUUGUCAGCCUUGCCUGCUCUGGUGCAAUUCCUGGGAUUCCUCUUUUUGCCUGAGAGUCCUCGCUGGCUCAUCCAGAAGGGUCUUACCCAGAAAGCUCGGCGUGUGCUCAGCCAGAUCCGAGGUAACCAGAACAUUGAUGAGGAGUAUGACAGCAUCAAGAGCAGCAUCGAGGAAGAGGAGAAAGACAGUGCAGGAGAUGGCCCAGUGCUGUGGCGCAUGCUGACCUAUCCUCCUGCCCGGCGUGCUCUCAUUGUGGGCUGCGGACUCCACAUGUUCCAGCAGCUCUCUGGCAUCAAUACAGUGAUGUACUACAGUGCCACCAUUUUGCAGAUGUCCGGAGUGCGGGAUGAUAAGCUGGCAAUCUGGCUGUCCUCACUGACCACCUUUACUAACUUUCUGUUCACACUGCUGGGUGUGUGGAUGGUGGAAAGGGUGGGCAGACGGAAAUUAACUCUUGGCAGCAUUGUUGGGACUUGUUUGAGUCUGUUUCUCCUGGCUGUUGGGUUCCUGCUCUCUGCUCAGCACUCUCCCCCUGUCACCCUUCACCAUGCUGACAAUGCUCUGGCCAACACCAGCUGCUCCACAUAUCUGUCAUGUGAGCUGUGUAUGCUGGAUCCAGGCUGUGGCUUUUGCUACCAGCAGAACAGCACCGCUGUGUUCGCUUCCUCCUGCGUGCCAGUCAAUCGGGCCUCCACAGAGAGAGCCGCAUGGGGCAGGUGCUCCAACUCAACACAGUCUCCAUAUCACAGUUUUUGGGCUUAUAAUUUCUGCCCAACCUCAUACUCUUGGCUGGUUCUCCUGGGUCUUAUUCUUUACUUGGCUUUCUUUGCUCCAGGACUGGGCCCAAUGCCAUGGACCGUAAACUCAGAGAUUUACCCACUGUGGGCGAGAAGCACAGGCAACGCCUGCUCAGCCGGAGUGAAUUGGACCUUCAACGUGCUGGUGUCCCUGACCUUUCUACACAUAGCCCAAUACCUCACCUACUAUGGUGCAUUCUUUCUGUACUCAAGUCUUGCUCUGCUGGGCUUCUUCUUCUUUUACGGAUGUCUCCCUGAGACCAAAGGCCGUCGGCUAGAGGAGAUCGAGUCGCUGUUUGAAAGUCGUCUGUGCUCCUGUGGUGCAUCAGACUCAGACGAGGGCCGGCAGGUGGAGUACAUCCGGGUUAAAGGAUCAAAUUACCACCUGUCAGACAAUGAUGGUUCAGACGUGGAAUAAACCUCAGGUGAAAGUUCAAAGAAUGCCCAGUAGAUCCUCUCUCAGCUCUGCACAUGGCUUACGAAGAGAGUAGGAAAGGAAUCGCUUUUCAGCUUCACCCCACCAUGACACCAGGCCCAUCUGUAGCAGUUGGGCUGCAUCUUACAAAUACUGCACUCCAUGUUAAAGGAAAAUGGAACUGACAUAUCCAAACAUACAAACAAAAACAGUGCUAAGCCUGCUUUUGUGAGACGUCAUUUAAAAGUUGUGGUAUGCUACAGUUUGAUACUGCAGUGCUCACAGAUACUGACAGUAUACUGACAGAUGUUACACAACUGUUUUUGUGCUCACUGCAGUAAAAUGUAAAAGGUGUUUGCUAUACAGAACAAUAGUCAGUCAACUAUGGUAGUCUUAGAUUUUUGUGAUGAUGCUAGGCUUUGGCAUUGGCAACUCACCACAAUGUUCAGUUCAUUUCUGUGAACAACAUUUUCAGUUUGAUUCUUGCAAAAGUUAAAUAGUUUAAAUUUUGUAGCAUACCACACAUGGGUUGUAACCUGGAUUCUGUCUUAUGCUGUUUCCUGGAGCAGCCUUUUUAUCACGGAAUAGUACUUAGAGCUGAGAGUGUUGGAACUGAUUUGUUCAGGAGUUAGUCUAUUUUGGAUGACCCAAAACUAUUUCACAUUCCUAAUUAUCUCCUUAAUCUGUUUUUCAUUAUAUCCGUACUCAACUCAGACCUUUUCCCUUGAUUAUUUGAAUGGAUUUAAUUUAGUCUUCCUUCACAGCCUUGUGUACAAAUGGCUUUGCAUCUCAUAGCUCUUGUCCAUGUAACAGAGUGGAAUAUGUUUUGACGAGUAGUGUAAUAUCCAAUGUUAUGUUUAUAUUGUACUGCUCUGAGUAUACACCUUGGUAGUUUGGUACACAUAGAAAAGUGCCAAGCAAACAUAUUGUGGCUGUAUGUGUAACAAAGCAGUUGAUGGGUAUUGUAAAAGCAACAAUAUCAAGCAAACUAACACAAGCUUGUUUUAAUGCUAUUACUGUUGAGUGUGUAAUAUGUGUUUGUUCACUGUUAGCACAAACAGAUAACAUAAUUGUGUUUUCA